AUGGAUGAGAAGGCGGCCCUUCAGGAUUUCCCGGGAGGGAGAUCAGUCCAAACGUAUCCCUCCGCUCCUCCUGCACCGAAGUCUUCCUUUCGAGGCUGGAUUCUCCUGCUUGGUUCCCUGCUGGCCGGCGGCUGGUUCCUCUGGCCGCACUCCUGCCAGCUUGCUCGCGUGCGCACCCUCACGAUUGAGGACCGAGUGCAGAACAUACUGACUACGACACCCUUGAUUGAUGGUCAUGAUGAUUUCCCCAUUCAAAUUCGGGCGCGGUUCCAUAACCAUAUCAAUUCGCCCAACUUCACCGACUCCUUUCGCCACGGGACACUCCCGGGCCAUGUGGACCUCCCCCGCCUGAAGAAAGGGCAGGUUGGAGGCACCUUCUGGAGUGUCUACGUUCCUUGCCCCGAAGGGUGGGAGGACUUUUCGGAUGAGACCUAUGCGCCCAGUCGAUCUCAUGUCGCGCAUCCAGAAGACCUUCCCGGAUGUCUUCUCGACGCCCCCCAAUGGCACCACGGCUCUGGAUGCAUUCCGGAACGGCAAGAUCAUCUCCCCUACGGCAUUGAAGGGCUGCAGUCGAUUGGGAACUCACUGGCGCAUUUGCGAAUGUUCUAUGACAUGGGAGUGUCCUAUGCCACCCUCACCCAUAACUGCCACAACAAGUAUGCGGAUGCGGCGAUCGUGGAGCAGCCCGACGGCAGUUUGAGAACAGCAACCCCGCUUUGGCAUGGCGUCAGUCCCGCCGGCCAGAAGGUGGUGGCCGAGAUGAACCGACUGGGCAUGAUGGUCGAUCUGGCCCACGUGAGCGUCGAGACGAUGCGUGAUGUGUUGGGGGCGGGCAAGACCGAGUGGACCGGCAGUCGGGCCCCGGUCAUCUUCAGCCACAGCUCUGCCCAUGCCCUCUGCCCGCACCCACGCAACGUGCCGGAUGAGGUGUUGAAAUUGGUGCGACAGCGUAACUCGAUCGUGAUGGUGAACUUCGCGCCCGACUUCAUCUCCUGCCAUGCCUCUGAUCGAGAGGAUGGCAUGCCGGAGGUCGACUAUGACCAGGCCACCCUGGAGCGUGUUGCGGACCAUAUUAUGCAUAUUGGGACCGUGGCUGGGUUUGACCACGUUGGCUUGGGCAGUGACUUUGACGGGAUCCCGACGGUCCCCAAGGGCCUGGAAGACGUGUCCAAGUUCCCCGAUCUGAUCGCGGAGCUGCUGCGCCGCGGUCUCACCGAUGCCGAGGCCGCCAAGGUGGCUGGAGGGAAUCUACUACGAGUCUGGCGGGAGAUUGAUCAGGUCGCUCUCCAGAUGCAGGCGGAGGGCGUCCUGCCCGGGGAGGACUAA